AUGUCGAUUCUUAGCUUUAUCAAACUUUGCAAGUUGGCGAGAAGCUCUACUUCCAGCAAUAAGCUUCUGAUAUCUGAUCUUGUGGCUGUCCUAGGAGUAGGCAUGGAAGCUAUUGGUUGGAUUGCCGCACCCAUCAUCUCCGAGCUUUUCAAGGAAUGCUCCAACUACCUCAAGUUUGACGCCACGAAGAAGCUGCGGCAACUUGGGCCAAAAGUAAUACUGCUUGAGCGGGCAAUAGAGAUAUUUGAGAAGAUCCCCAACAGGGCUCGUUUGGAGCAACUGUUCGUGGAUCUUAAAAUUGCGUUAUAUGAAGCUGAAGAUAUCUUGGAUGAUGUUGAGUAUCACUGCCUCGAGAAGAAGAUCCAAGAUGGCAAGUUCAAGUGCAACGGUGGUGCAUCCCCACGUAAGAGGGAUUGGGUGAUGAACAAGGUCCGGUCUGCCUCACUGAGCUCCCCUUCGGAAAAUAAGGUCAUGGUCAAGUACGAUGGUGGUGUAUCUCAACGUAAAAGGGAUUGGCUGAAGAAUAAGGUCCAAUCUGCCUCGAUGAGCUCCCUGUUGAAAAACAAGGAGACUGGUAUGCCAAAAAAUAAUUUGAAGGCUAGUCUAGAGAAGAUAGAAGAAAUUAUAAAUAGUGCAUAUGAAUUUUUGGAACGGCUAGACUUGCCGAGCUUAAGUGAUGGCAAUGGAAUCCAACCUGUUCCUGCCAAUUCAGCAGUUGCUGCUACUACUUCGAUUCCACCGAAGGUUGUAAUCGGACGAGAUAAAGAUUGUGACAAGAUCAUAGCAAUGUUUCAUGAGAACAAGGGUGUAGUGAACACCAACAAUGAUCUAUGUUAUACUGUAAUUGGCAUUCAUGGCAUCGGUGGGUCUGGGAAAUCAACCCUAGCACAGUUAGUCUGCGACCGUGAAAAAAAGAAUGACCAUUUUGAACUCAUUAUGUGGGUUCAUGUUUCUCAGAGUUUUACCGUGAGUGCCAUUUUGGAGGAAAUAGUUGAGGCAGCUACAAGGAGUUCAUGCCCUCAACUCAAUAAUCUUAGCACCCUACAUGAUAAGUUGGCGGAAGUACUGUAUGGAAAACGGUUUCUCUUGGUUCUAGAUGAUAUCUGGUACAAUGGUGAAGAUGCCAGGAAGCGGGAGGAACUGCAACAGAUACUUUCUCCGCUAAAGGCUGGCAGGGCAGGAAGCAAGAUCCUUGUGACCAGUCGAACUAAAGGUGCAUUGUCUGUUUUGGGUGCUGCAGAACCGAGAUGUAUUCCUAUAUCUGACCUGGAUAACGAUGUCUUUCUUGAUUUGUUGAUGCAUUAUGCACUCGAAGGCACAAAUAUAGAUGUUUAUGCUCGACGAAGACUCAAAGAUAUUGGAACUGACAUUGCAAAAAAACUGAAUGCAUCACCUCUAUUAGCCAGAACAGUAGGAGGAAGGCUAGGUAGGAGGCCUAAUGCUGAGUUUUGGUCAACAGUUAAAAAUGGGAAGCUUCUGGAUGGAACCAUUAGUGCUGCUCUGUUUUGGAGCUACCAUCAUCUUGAUCAGCAGGCUAGGCGAUGUUUUGCCUACUGCAGCAUUUUUCCCAGAAGACAUCGAUUGUACCGUGAUGAAUUGGUUAACUUGUGGGUGGCAGAAGGGUUUGUAAGGAGUACUAAUGAAGGGGAGGAAAUGGAAGAUGUUGCUCGGGGAUACUUUGAUGAACUAGCAUCAAACUCAUUUUUUCAACCAGGAGGCAUGGACUACAGCGACAAGGAAUACUAUGUAGUUCAUGAUCUUCUACAUGAUUUAGCAGAGAAGGUCUCUGGAAGUGAUUGUUUUAGAAUUGAGAAUGGCUCAAGAUGGAUUAUAGACCUCUGGAGAGGUAAAGACCCAAGAGGAGAAGGCUGGAGAGGAGAUAUUCCUCAAGAUGUUCGCCAUCUUUUUGUUCAAAACUAUGAUCAAGAUUUGAUAAUUGAGAAGAUCCUUCUGCUGAAAAAUUUACGCACACUCAUCAUUUAUGCUGUUCGAGGGUCUGUACAAGUUAAGGAAGAAGUCAUUGAUAGUAUAUUCAAGAAGCUGCCAAAAUUGCGGGUACUGGCCAUAGCUUUGAGCCAGGAACGCCAUGCAUUAGUUAAAAACCAAGAUGAGUUAUCAGUCCCAGAAUCUAUUAGUCAGUUAAGGCAUCUGCGCUAUCUUGCUUUCCGGACAAGCACGAGAUGCAGGGUAAUAUUACCAAGCACAGUAACCAAGCUUUACCAUAUCCAGCUGCUAGAUUUUGGUCGGUGUGAAAAAAUGGAAUUUGUCGGUGGUGAUCUUAUCAAUUUGCGGCAUUUAUUCAGCUGCCCCAAAGUGAAUAGGAGUAUUUCAAACAUUAGCAGGCUAACCUCACUCCAAACAGUACCAUUCUUCACAGUAAGGAAGGAACAUGGGUACGAGAUAAGCCAGCUAAGGGACCUAAAUAAGCUCCAAGGAAAACUGUGCAUUAAUGGUCUUGAAAAUGUUAAAAGCAAGGCGGAAGCUCUUGAAGCUAAUCUAGCCUCCAAGGAACAGCUGACAAUGCUGAUGCUGGACUGGGAGAGUAACUUGGACCGGGAAGAUGCCACAGACUGCAAUCCAGAAGUCCAAGCAGAGGUACUUGAGGGCCUUUGUCCUCCUGUGGGACUUGAAACACUGGAAAUAUGUCACUAUAAUGGUUCGUGGUACCCAAAUUGGAUGGUGAGUAAGCAGAACAGCGGCCCAUGGUACCUGCAAGAACUUUGGUUUGAUGGAUGUAGCCAACUAAGAUCAGCUCCUGUCCUUGUGGCUUUCGUUCAUCUUGGUUCCCUCAGGGUCUGGAACUGCAGCUGGGACGCCUUACCAGGCAACAUGGAGCACCUCGCAUCGCUCAAGAAGCUAGAGAUCUAUAAAUGCUUGAAUAUAUUGUCGCUUCCAACACUGCCCCAGUCUGUUGAGGAGUUUAAACUCGUUGAAUGCAACGGUGAGUUCAUGGAGUCCUGUCAGAAAGUCGGGCAUCCAAACUGGAAAAAGAUUGAGCACAUUCCCAUGAAGAGGUGGAAAUUCGUGUAGUUUGUGCUUUCCCUGGGUAUUGAACUAUUCCAGUUUGCUGAUAUUCUUAAUUAUGAUUUCGGAGUUGAAGCAAUACCGAUGUCAAGAAUGCAAACCAGCAGGCUGUAAACCUGUUUGUAGCAAUGUUGGCAGUAUCAUUGUAUUUGAUUAUCCUUGUGUUUACUUAAGUGUUUUAUAUGAAGGGUUUCGACAUUCUGAACUUGUCGGCUGUUAACAGUGUCAUGCAGUUUAUUUAUCUCUUGUUUCAUGGCUA